UGGAGAGCAUCGCCUCUUUCUUCCUGUACUGACCUGUACUCUCGCCCACAUCUCCAUUUUCCCUCUCUCCCUCCAGACCCUUCGGGGACUCUGUGGGGCGGCAGUGACCACAGCAGGCCCCAACCCUUCUGGCUGGGAUCCGAUCCGAGCGACACAGAGGCUGUCUCCUGCGAGAUCAACGCCUACAUCCCACACGAGGCCCACGUCCAGUGGGCGGCGGGGCUGGAGCAGGGAAAGGGCUGCCCCCGGUCUGUGGGGCAGGGCAAGUGGUUCAUCGCCACCGUCCAGAACCCAGAGGCCGGCUACGGGUUCAGCAGCAUCCUGAACGAGGAAGAGGCGCUGCCUUGGAAACAGGAGGCGGUUGCCGGGAGCAGGAUCACCACGACAACAGCGGUCCUGUCGGUCUUCUCCCGGACGCCCCAGCUGCAGGCCCGCCUGGGCCAGGAUGUGCUCAUCGACUGCGGCUUCUCUGGCCCGGCCUCCCCGUUCUCCGUGGAGUGGCGGCUCCAGCACGGCGGGGCCGGCCGGGUAGUGCUAGCCUACGACGGGGCCGCCCGCAAGGUCUCCGUGGCCGAGAAAGGGACCCGGCUCUUCCUCGACCCGGAGACCAACAACGUCUCGCUGCAGCUGCAGGGCAUCGCGGCGCGCCAGGAGGGGACCUACAUCUGCACCGUCUACCUGCCCCACCUGCGCGCCCAGCAGGCGAUGGAGCUGAAGGUGGUGGAGCCUCCCACGGUCACCCUCCGCCCAGACCCUCUCUCGGUGCCCCCCGGUGCCCCCGUGGAGCUGGCCUGCGAGGUCUCUGGCUUUUACCCCCAGAAGACCUCUGUGAACUGGCGGCGGAAGAGCCCUGGGGGCACCCCGGAGGCCCUCGUGGAGACCUGGGAGUCGGGGCAUCGGCAGUCCCCCGAUGGCACUUACAGCUUCACCAGCCAUGCCCGCAUCCUGCCCGUCCAGCCCCAAGACCAUGGCGCUUCCUACAGCUGCCAUGUGGCCCACCCAGGACUGGCAGAGGGUGGCUUGCGGAAGACGGUGAAGUUCCACGUGGCAGGUUCCUCCGGCCCCUCUUUGGAGGACGCCAUCGGCUGCUUCCUGAUUGCCUUCGCCUUGUUCGGAUUCCUGCAGGCAUUUCUCAGAUGGGCAUCCGGAGAGCAAAAAAAAUCGGAGAAGGUAGAAUGAGCCCGGCAGCCACCAGGCCUUGCCCCUCCGGUUUGGUGGCAGCCGAGGCUCCCUUCCAGGAGAAAGGAUGACGCUGGAACUUGACCUCAGGCUGCCAAACUGCUUGGACGCCUCUCCUCCCCCGUUGCCUGUCCACAGCACCCCUGGGUGUCAUGUGGAUAGGGAAGGCCUUCUGCAGAGUGUGACUUCUUUUGAUUUUUCAUGGUGUGGUUGCAAAGCCUCAGCUUUUGUGCCUAGGAGUUAUUUUUUGGGGGGGGGGUGCUGUACAUAGUCGCUUUCUCCCUUCUCUCUCCCCCUCCCUUAUUGAGAAAUUUCCCCCCACGGCUUCUGCUCUGGUGGUCUCAUGGGCUUUGCAGGAAAGCACUGAGAAGCAAAAAAUAAAAAAU